ACAAUUGGAUCAGAUAAGUUUGUGGUUGAUGCAACCUUACAAAUGGCAGAAAGGGGAAAGAUCUGUGUGACAAACUGAUUGGUUUCACUGAUCUGCAGAGUUCCAUGCUUCUACUAAGACACUGUCAUGUGGGACGUCUUGACCAUUUAGCUCAAUCAAUACAACCAAGCAGUUAUUUCAUGCAGCUUCACUACAAGAUGGCUUGACUAAGAAAACUUUCUACAGUCUGUUAUGCUGUAACAGUAUAACAUCAAGCCAAUGAGGUCAGGUUGUACUGCCAAUCAAAUACGGAGGUUUUGGGAUGACUUCUUUACAAUCAAUUAUGUGCUUUGCCUGUGUGUUAUCAUGGGCUUGAUCUAUAGUGUGGUUACCGAAACGGUUCCCUGAAACUAAUAUAUAAAUAGUCUAAUAGAUAGACUGACUACAUCAGCGUCAGAUAUGGGCACUGAUGGCUACUCUUUGCAGCAUGCAUUGCCUUCACAAUUCACUCUGUCAAGCCUUCUGUCUACCAAUAAAGUACAGCAGAAGUUAACAAGUCAGUCAGUCAAGUCAGAAAUUCAAUCAAGAAUAGACACUACCGCUAGUGUCAGAGAAGCAGCUCGUCUCAGAUCCCUCCAAGGGAAAGGUUCAGGAGCUUGGCUACAGGCCGUACCUAGUUCAUGUAAGUUCGCACUAGAACCGAAACAAUUUCAGUUGGCGGCUUACGUGAGGCUGGGUAUCCACAUGCCAAUUGCCAAAUGGAUGGUCAAAUGUGACUGCAGGUAGCCACUUGAUGGGGAUGGGUGGGUACCACCUCAUCACAUGUAAGUAUGGCGGAGUGCCUGUCUGGACUCACAACACAAUAGUUCAAACAUGGUCUGAAUGCCUCAGCCAGCUGCAUGUUGUUCACAAGAUUGAACCAAGACACCGUUUUCUGGAUUGUGACAGCAGACCUGACAUAUACAUAUAUGUAGUGGAUCCUGACUUCAGUAAAGAAGUGGAGUUAGGCAUCUCUCUGGCACAUCCAUGGGCACUUGACGCUCUUCCAAAGGCAGCCCUAGAAGAUGGGACAGCAGCAGCUCGAAGGGAAAUGCUGAAAAAUGACAAAUGCACCAAAAAGGCACGUUCUUGUGGAACUAUGCUGAAUUUCAUUCCUCUGGUGAUGAAGCACAUUGGUCAGUGGGGGCAAGAGGCCCAAGAAUAUCUCAACCAGCUCUCAUCAACAGCAACAUGGACAACUGAGUGCAGACAGGACGAAUUCAAGAACUACUGGAGGACGCGAUUCUCAAUGCGGUGCAACAGUGCAAUGCAAGAGUGUGACUGCAGAAGAUGAGCAAAGUCCAGUAUAGUAGUGACUCAGUUGGUGCCAUUAGCAACUCUGUUAGCUUAUUGUCAACUGUUUGACUCUUAGUCGUAGUUAAGGACCUCUUGGGUCCUAGUUCUCUUAGAACUUGCGGAUUUUUAGCAUAGACUGUAAUAAUGUCUUGUAUAAGUAAUAUAUGUAUUGACAGACAAACCAACAGACAGACAGACAGAUUACUUUAUUGUUACAGAUCCUCUACUUGUACACAUCUUAAACUUCUAUGAUAAACCAGUCCUUCACAGCGAAAUACUAUAGAACAUGACAGACAGACAGACAGACAGACAGACAGACAGACAGACAGACAGACAGACAGACAGACAGCAAUGUAUUGCUUAGGUGUUGUCAA